UUUUUUUUUUUUUUUGUAUAAUUGUGCCGCUGUGCGCGACAGGGCAGAGAGCUGCAUCUCACCUUCGGUUAGAGAUGCUCCCCGCGGUGGGUCUGUGCCUGGUGUUUAUCUAUAACCAGGUACUCCGAACCCCCAUCAAGAUGACCCAGAAGUCCUUUAGCCACAACUUGAAAGACCAGUCCCUGGAUAAGCUAUGCGUGCUCCAACUCAGCGAUCCUUCCCUGACGCCGCGGCCAGAAAUGAGCCCGAUAUCGAACCGGCCGUGCCUACACCGCAUGAGGAGGAGCCUCUGCUGCAGCGAAAGGCUGAGGAUACCUGGAAGCCUCCCGCAGGCUUUGUCUGGAUCCAAAUAGCUAUCAUGUCCAAUGUUUUCCUAUCCGGUUUCGAUGGCACUAUCACCGCGUCAACAUACGCCGUCAUCAGUUCCGAGUUCAGUGCUGCUAACACCGCAUCGUGGCUCACAACAUCCUACCUGAUCACCAGCACCGCGUUUCAGCCAUUGUACGGUCGCUUCUCGGAUAUCUUCGGGCGACGAACAUCAUUCUUCACGGCCACAAUAACAUUCAUGGUCGGUUGUUUGGGCUGUGGAGUUGCUAAGGAUGUCAUCUUUUUGAAUAUUAUGAGGGCACUCACCGGCGUUGGUGGGGGAGGUCUGAUGACAAUGGCCACUAUCAUCAACUCCGACCUCAUACCUUUCCACCGUCGCGGCAUGUAUCAAGCCGUCCAGAACGUCUUGCAUGGAUUUGGAUCGAUUUGCGGUGCUUCAUUCGGGGGGACAAUCGUUGACUCGAUCGGAUGGCGGUGGUGCUUCUUGAUACAAGUGCCAGUUGGAUUCCUAGCCCUUAUCACCGGCCAUCUCGUUCUUAAGCUCCCCUCGCAGAACAAAUUCGGCGGCGAGGAUCGGAGCUUACGGGCGAUCUGGAAGCGCGUGGAUCUGUCCGGAGCAUGUGCUCUUAUCAUAGGCCUGUCAACACAGCUAGUUGGUCUGAGCCUGGGCGGAAAUGAGCUCCCCUGGUCUAAUGUUUGGGUGAUCCUAUCGUUGGUCGCGAGCGUGGUGUCGCUAGUCCUUUUUAUGGUCAUCGAAGCCAAGACAACUGCGGUUCCACUCAUCCCACCGAGGAUGCUGAAAGGUGUUUUGCCGAUUGCAACGCAAAUAGCCAAUGUAUGCGUUGGAAUGGCUGCAUAUGCAUUCCUCUUCACGCUUCCCUUGUUGUUCCAAGUCAUCCUCCUGGACUCGCCUACUAAGGCUGGCGCGAGACUUGCGGUACCGUCUCUGGCUACGCCUAUAGGCGGUGUCAUCUCCGGGUUUGUGAUGUCACGCUGGGGAAAGCUGGCGUAUCUUGUUCGAAUUGGUUGUUUUCUCAUGUUCAUUGGGAACCUGCUUGUCAUGCUUCUACAAUUCAAUGACGCGGAAUGGAAGUACUAUGCGUCCAUGAUCCCAGCCAGUCUCGGCCAGGGAAUUGUUUAUCCCGGGAUUUUGUUCACGUUUCUCGCCGCAUUCGGCCACGCAGACCACGCCGUAUCCGCUUCCACCGUGUACUUGGUCCGUUCGAUGGGCACAGUCUGGGGCGUUGCUAUCACAUCCACCAUUAUCCAGAAUACAUUGCGCUCGGGCCUCGGGGAGGCCUUGAGUGGAAUACCAGACAAAUGGAAAGUAAUUGACGAGAUUCGUCAUUCCGUAUCUGCAAUCCACACCCUGCCACCGGAAAUUCAGCUGGCCGCGCGAAUGGUUUAUUACCGAGGAAUCCGACUGUCAUUCUUGGCAUCAGCGUGUUUCGGGUUCGUUGCUACUAUUGCAGCGUUCUUCACAAGAGGAAAAGGCCUGCAUCGCUCAAGCGAGGCGUAA